AUGUCGGAAGACACAUCCUCUAGCGCAUCCUCUACCACCUCCCUCUCUGACCUUAGCCACUUUUCCGACUACAGCGAUUCUUCCCGAGACCACUCAGGUUCAGAAAGCGACUCAGACUCUGAUGAUGUACCGCGGGCUUUCCUGAACCUGCCCCUCGAAUGCGACUCGGCUCUACUCGAGCGCGAUCUGUCAAAGUACGUGACAUACGGUUGCGCCGCUCCCACUCGUCCUGUAUGGCCAGAUACGGGUUUUGUCGGAGAAUACUAUCAGCCCGUCGCCAACUUUCUGAAUUCGACUUUGGACGUAGCCCGAGAGGCUUUCGAAAGGUCGGGCAUGGAGGCCGAGUAUUGCGCGCUCGAUUUCCUGUUCACAAGGCAAUUCCGAUGGGCGGUGUAUAACAAGCGUAUGGGGCCUCCGGAGUAUAGCUCUGGCAAGAUUGCCAGACCUGCCUUGGUGGGGUUCAAGCUUAGCGACACUUCGCUCUUCGACGACGGUACUCAGAGCGUCAAUGUUGCCCACCAUCGCGUCGACGAAUCAAAUCUCAUCACCUAUGCCGAUAUCGACAAUCGCAAUAUAGAUCAUGCAAUCUUCAAGUCCUCUCUCACCGGUCGAACCGCCGUUGACGCCCAGCCGAAUCGAGUCGCCGUGCGCUCUAUUGUCUUUUCCAUCGAGGACGGCACAAUAAAGGCGGCUAUUGCGGAGUUGGAUUUCGGGGGCAUUCACCUCACGCACUUUCACAACCUCAGAAACGACGGCGAGUACGACCGCUUCCGGGGACUCCUCAUUGGCAUGUACUGUGCUCCCAUCGACGACCAUGGCUGCAACAGACGCAUCCGCUUCUAUGCUGAUAAUAUCGGAGAUAUUCGUCUCGAGCGAUUUUCAUACUCGGACAUGGCGUGGCGAGGCUUGGAGAGGUAUCAGGAUAAACGGGAAGAGGAAGAGGAGCCCGAAGAGGACAAAGAUCCGGAAGCGGGAGUUAGUGUGUCUGCUCCUCUCUAUGACCUCAACGACAUCGGCGAGUCCCUCCCUCCCCCGAUGAAGCAUGCCGAAGGGUCUACAACCAUGGUGAUCGGACCGAUAGACGACCCUGCCGAUCCUAUCCUUCGUUGGGGAGAGGAAGGAGGAGAGUUGAUUGGAACCCUCGAGAGCCUACUUCGGCCAGACCAGGCUCUGCUUGGUGUCCUGCAGUUUGGUCCUCGUUGGGAGAGGGCAACGGCCGACGUCCGACCCUUUGGGUCCGGCUACCAGACACUCUACAAGGGUCCAUAUAUGAGAGAGGUCGUAAACGAAACCAAUGAAGCUGAUGCAAGCUCCUUCACCAGUCUAGCGGACGUGUAUGCGGCGCAUGGUCCACUGGACCUCGUCAAAGCCGUCCUCGGUGCCAUCUAUGGAUUCCGCAACGUCUACCGAGUCGGAUGGCUGCACAAGCAAAUCGACGUCAAGAACAUCACCGUCGGUCCGACGCGAGAAUUCUCGCUGUAUGAUUACAACGCGGUCACCGAAGAGCUUGUCCCGGUCAAGUACGAUAUCGAUUGUCUGAUUGGUGAUGCGGAGGAAGGGCUCUGUGGCAUGUUGAUCGCUUAUAGUCUCAAAGGCGAGAAAGACGAGGAAGACGUAGAUGACGGCGACGACUUGGGCCUCUUCUCAGAAUCACUGUGUCUGAUGGCAAACCAAAAGUAUGAAGAUGUCCACUUCUUCCCCGCCACCCAGUCCACGAUCGGCGGUUUAGAGUCUUUCCUCUGGGUCCUCAUCUACGUCGUACUCCGCUAUCACACUCAGGGCGGUACCUCCGACACGCCUGAUGGGCAUCUCUACAAAGCUCUGUUUGGUCGAUUGCCCAAAUCCGAUGCCAACCGAUCCGAGUUCCUGGCACAGAAGGGGAUGUCUAAACACGUGUUCGGAGAUGGACGAUGCCUUGCACCGCUGAAGGAUCUGUUGACCCCAGCCCUCAAGUUCUUCCAAUACCAAUACUCGUGGUGUCUCAACAUGAUGGCCAAGGAAGGUCCGGAGACGUAUCCAUGGACUGCGGAGGAGGAGAUCAGCUCUCGUGAUGAGUUUGUCGACAUUUUCAGUACAUUCGUGCAGGAGGAGGCGGUAAAGGAGGGGAAAAAGCCGGAGAAGUUGUGGAGCCCGCCAUAA